AUGAAACCCCUCGCCCUCCUUAGCCGAGUCGCAGUGCCAUCACUAGCUCUCACUAUCCCCACACAGCAGUAUCUCUUCCCCAACACCGACCUGUCGGACUGGCAGUAUAACCCGCUAUCGAGCCCACCUACACGGGAAAUCUGUCCACAGCCACCCAAGGUCAGCACCCCAAACGAUGGCUUCCACUCGUCGCAGACCUUCCUUUCCGACGAUGCCUUCCGUGCGCGCCAGGCCAAGCGGCUCUCGCGCGCAGUGCAGAUCCCAACCACCGUAGGUGAUUCUAUAGAAGAUCCAUACGAUGAGGUAUUUGAGCCUGUAGUCAAAUUCCAAUCGCUCUUGAAGGAGUUGUUCCCUCUGGUACACAACCGUGGCAAGGUUGAGCACAUUAACCGCCUCGGCCUAGUCCUUACCUUCGAGGGUGCUGACACUUCACGCAAGCCGCUACUCUUCAUGGCCCACCAGGACGUCGUCCCGAUCGACGAUCCAUCAGACUGGACCUACCCGCCCUUCGCAGGCGUUUUUGAUGGUGAAUGGAUCUGGGGCCGCGGUGCAAGCGACUGCAAAAACGUUCUUAUCGGAUUGAUGUCCGUAGCCGAAGAUCUACUCUCGCAGGAUUGGCAGCCACAGCGCACGGUGCUGUUUGCCUUUGGGUUCGACGAGGAAUCACACGGCUUCCUAGGCGCCGGGGCAAUCUCAGCAGCACUGGUGGAAAAGUACGGCAAGAAUUCUUUUGAAUUCAUUCUCGACGAGGGCGGAAUGGGUCUGCAGAGCUUUGGUGAUGCAUCCGACCCUAACGGCGAGAUCUUGUAUGCUCUCCCAGCUGUCGGCGAGAAGGGUAGUCUCGACCUCAUCAUCGAUCUUGCCGUGCCUGGUGGCCACAGCUCGAUCCCGCCCGCACAUACCGGUAUCGGUAUCAUGGCGGAGAUUUUGUACGAGCUGGAACGGAAGGAGCUGUUCCCCGCCUGGCUAGAUACCAACCACCCCGCCCACGGGAUGUUGGAGUGCCAGGCACGGUAUUCACCCGACCAUGUUGAGACGUGGCUAUCCGAGAAGCUGGCAGCAGGCGAUCCCGCUGCGCUAGGCGAGGCCGUUGCCAGUUCCCGCGGUCCCGCAGUUCGCUAUACAAUGCAGACGUCGCAGGCCGCAGACCUGAUCCACGGCGGUGUCAAGACAAACGCGCUGCCAGAGAAGAUCUCUGCAGUCGUCAACUACCGCGUGGCACUACACCAGACGCCCGAUGAGCUACGUGAGCGAGCUGUCCGAAUCAUCAGCCCUAUUGCUGAAUCUCACAACCUUUCCCUAUGUGUUGCCUUUCCCGGUGUGCCGGAGUCACCCGAAGGAGAUGUGAGCGACCGUACUCUGACCCUGUCCCCUCUUAGUAUACCUCUUUCCCCGGCUCCGAUCUCUCCAACCGACCCGCUAACUUCGAAGGUGUGGGCGCACUUUGCUGGAGUGGCUCGUGGUGUCUUUGAGUCACACCCGAACCCGCUCGCCAAAUCUGCGUCUGGAUCUAAGCCCACAGUUGUUGUAACGGGAGAUAUCAUGACUGGAAAUACGGAUACGCGUUUCUAUUGGGCUUUGUCGGAGAACAUUUACCGUUGGAGCCCGUCGCGGGCUGGCGGAUCGCUGAAUAUUCACACUGUGGACGAGCGGAUCCGCUUGGAUGUGCAUCUUGAAGGCAUGAUGCUUUACUAUGAUCUCAUUCGGUCUUUUGAUGCUUGGGAUGACGACUCCGAAUGA